AUAUAUCCUAAAUGUCUGCUCAAACUGCACCCCCACAGUCAGCCACCGGCGCAGAACUCAUUGCCGAAUCUCUGAAGAGACAGGGUGUCGAUAUAGUGUUUGGUAUUGUUGGUAUCCCAGUAGUAGAGAUCGGCGAGGCCUGUCUUAGCAAGGGUAUCCAAUUCAUUGGCUUCCGUAAUGAACAAUCGGCCGCUUAUGCAGCUACUGCAUAUGGAUAUCUUUCUGGGCGCCCAGGAGUCUGUUUGAGUGUCGGUGGACCAGGUGUUGUACAUGCCUUGGCUGGCUUAUUAAACGCCAAGAUCAAUUGCUGGCCACUUGUCUUGUUGUCUGGCUCUGUAGACACCGACCAGGUAGAUAUGGGUGCCUUCCAAGAGCUCGAUCAGGUUGAGGCAUGCAGACCUUACUGUAAAUAUGCCUCUCGUCCUACCUCAGUGGAAAGAAUUCCAUUUGUCAUCGAGAAAGCUAUCCGCUCAGCAAUGUACGGACGACCAGGAGCAUCUUAUGUCGACUUACCGGCAGACUACAUCCAGUAUCGAACCACCGAACCCCAGUGGAUCGAACGCUGUCAGGUUACACGUGUGCAAGACACCCCCAGAUCAAUGGCAAAUGACGCCAGCAUUAAGGAAGCUGCUUCAAUUUUGUGUAAUGCCAAGCAGCCAUUGAUAGUAUUUGGAAAAGGAGCUGCUUAUGCCCGUGCAGAAGAUGAACUGGCAGCUCUUGUGGAACAGACCAAGUUUCCAUUUUUACCUACUCCUAUGGCCAAAGGAUUAUUGUCUGAUGAACAUCCUCUUUGUGUCGCCGCUGCUCGCUCAAAAGCGUUACACGAAGCAGAUGUAGUUCUAUUGGUCGGCGCAAGACUCAAUUGGAUUUUGCAUUAUGGACAAUCGCCAAAGUGGUCAGACUCUGUCCGUUUUAUUCACAUUGAUAUCUCCGCCGAAGAACUGGGAAAUAACGGUGCUGACACUUUACCCCUCUUGGGUGACAUCAAGCUUAUUCUCAAACAACUCCUUGCUCAACGCCCGCUUCCCCAACUCCAACCCGGAAACUCUUUUGUCAAAGGCUUGGUUGCAAAGGUAUCUCAGAAUGUAGAAAAGACAAGACUGGCAAGUCUGGAAGGCGACGAUACAUCAAUCUUGAAAUACCGAACUGCCUUUAAAGUAAUCAAGGAUAUCCUUCCCGAAAGAAACAUAGUCUAUGUAAGUGAGGGUGCCAAUACCAUGGAUAUUGCCCGUUCCUUCUUUGAUGUUCAUGAACCUCGCCAUCGUCUGGAUGCCGGUACCGGUGCAACCAUGGGAGUUGGUAUGGGGUAUGCUAUUGCAGCACAAGCGUAUUAUCGUAAUGAGCGUGUUGUCUCUAUUGUCGGUGACUCUGCGUUUGGGUUCAGUGCUAUGGAAUUGGAAACUGCGAUCCGUGUAAAGCUUCCUUUGAUUGUGAUUGUGAUCAACAACAACGGUAUCUAUCAUGGUUUAGAAGAUGAUGACUAUGCAGAGUCUAAAAAGAACAAUUGCCUUCCCCCGACUGCCCUCUCGCCCGAGACCCGCUAUGAACUUCUCUCGGUAGCAUGUGGUGGAAAGGGCUGGAUGGUUAAGAAUCGGGUUGAAUUGGCCACAGCUCUCAAGGAAGCCUUGGCAGCUAAAGAUGAAACUUGUGUUAUUAAUGUCUUGAUUGCUCCGGGAGGACGACAGAAAUUGGAGUUUGGGUGGAUGAAACAAAAGGGAGACAAAGCCAAGAUCUAAAGAAUAAAUCUAAAGAAAUGAAUAAUAGAUAAACACACACAUAUAUAUAUACAUAUAUUAGAAUAACACAAAAGCUAUAAUCUACAUUAAAUCUACAUUCCCAGCUUUUUUUUAUAUUGUUUAUCUCUUGUUUUUCAAGGCGAUUAGCCCAAUUUUCAAACAAAGUGAUAUAGGAUGUAUUUAUGAACUCUCAACCAAAC